AAGAAGUGCGAAGGGCCGAUUGUCAAUUCGUGCCUUCGUUUUCCGGCUCGUAGUUACGUCGUUGGGGCGCGAUAGGAAUUCGAAGCUGUGACACGUCAGAAUUGCGUAGAAAUUACACAAGCUACGAUCACAAGAUGCCGGUUGAUCCGGGAUCGAACGCUUCUGCGAGUGCUGUUCUGGCAUAUAAUGGAGAUUCACCAAGGGGAUGGAAUGAUCCACCGACUUUUGCGUUUUCUGGGAACAAAUCAGGGGGAUCAAGACCCAAACUAGACUUGAGGAAAAGAGUUUCCCACCAACAAGCUUUACACGGAGGGAAUACUCCACCACCACAACCUAUAAAUCCCCCAAACCCGCCCUCAUACCCUAGUAUCGAUGCUACGAAUGCGAUGGCAGGGCUGAGCCUUCAUUCAUCUCCAAGGAUCCCACCUCCUCCAUCUCCAAAACACUACACACCAACCCAACCAAUAAACCAAGUCCCACCUCCAGCCCUCACCACUGCAAUUCCAACAGUUGCAGCCUACCAAGCCGCACACCCAUCAGCCAUCAAUGCAUCGCCUACAACAGUUGGAUCACCCUCUACUACAGCACCUUCUGUGCCAUCACCUCAAGCACCCACACAUAUAGGACAACCACUGAUUGCACUAAAGAGUCAUGCAUUUGAACCUGUCAAGGCUCAUACUAGCAUCCGAUCCACGGCAGAAAUUGAUGAGGGGAUAGGCACUCAUGAACCCCAACAGGAGAUCUAUAACCCCAUGCAUCAUGCUGCUCAAAAUGGCUCAACCUGUACUGCACUUGUACCAACCCCACCACAAGCUGUUUUACCAUACCACCCUUUACAUGUGCCAAAUGGAAAUGUGCCGGUUAAUACCUCAGUUGGCUAUGCCACACCACCCACAACUACCAUGCUUCCACACCAGCCCCAUCCCAACAACAUCUAUAGUAGUCCAGCAUCAACCAUGCCACCACCACCACUGCAGACCCACCACAACAGCACCUACAGCAGUCCUGUACCUCUAGCGCAUUCCGCUCCUGCGACCCCAACACAAAUGGCAGUGGGACAUGUAACGCCACCUCCUCCAACUUUUCCAGUCAGCUCCAGAGUCCCUACACCUCCACAGGGUCAAGGCCUUGUACCCCCUAUGUCUUCUAGUGCUGGUAAUACACCAAGGUGCCUGUCACCUUUACAAAAUGACCCAGACGAUAAUUUGGGUGACGAGGAAGGACUAGAGGCUACUAUGUUUGCUCUAGAAGAUGUUAUCCAGAAAUACAGUAAUAGCAUAGAGAAUCGCAUCUCCAAGGACAUUACCAGGAGACUGAAAAUAAUGUCUCAGAUGUGGAUGGGUGGCAGACUAAGCAAAGUAGUGAAAACAAGGAUGAUCAAAUUGGCAAAAGCUUUGGAUGAUGGCCAAGGAGAGGAAGCUCAUAAUAUUCAUGUAUCUAUCAUGGUGGAUCAUGUUGCUGAGGUAAACCAAUGGAUGGUUGCUGUGAAAAGAUUGAUUUCUUUAGUUCGUCAUGACCCUAUACGACCAACCACAUCAUGACAGCUGCGACAAUGCAAUGCAAUGCAUUAGACAAUAAGACCAAGAGGCAUAAAUUUUAGGAAUAUGGUCUUGCCAGGGAGUUUUAGAUGUCAAGAGAACAAAUACAGUGGUAGCAAAUGAUUUACCAUGCUCAUUAGUUUUGUGAUAUAAAAUGCUAGAUUGUACAAUACAAAAUCGAAUUAUUGUCCAUGGUUCAAAUCAUUCCAUGGGUAUACAUGAACACUUAACAAACUUAUUUAAGAUUUAUCAAAUUCAACGAAUUUGUUUAAAAAGGGGUGGGAGAGUGAUAGGGGUACAUAUUAAAAUACCAGCAAAUAUUUCAUUAUUUUAAUAAUAAUAAAAAAGAUUUGUUCUGCCUA